AUUAGUGAUUUUUAAAUUUUAAGGUUGGCAUCGACGUGACGUGUAAUGUCAAGUGUCAGCAAAUAAACACCACUUUUUCUUCCAGUUAGCAUAUUGUAGCGAAAAUAAGGUAGCAAGCAUGUCUGGUCAGGAUCCAGGCGGGGGCCCCGAUCCGGGGGGCUCCAGUCAGGAACUAUCGGAUCUCAAAGACCAAUUUGAGCAACAACAAGUCCUGAUAGCACAACUCAAAGAAAUGAUUCGGAAAAAUGAGCAAACUAACGUAACUCAGGAAAAAGUCGAUGAGUACAUGAACACUCUCUCAAAACACCGCUCGAAAAAAUCGAAAAAGGACGACAACAGCGCUAAGAAAACACUAGACAUUCCCGCUAGCCAAAAAAUCAGUCUUCUGAGACAACAAGUGGAGCAAAAUAAAGUGAGACUUGCCGAAAGGGGGAAAAGCCAGAAAGGGAUUGAGGAAAUGGUGACGCAACUCAAGGCACAGUUGGACGAUUCGCAACAUUUGAUCAGCCAAUCGCCCCUUAAUUUAACGCUACAAGACCCGAAAAUUGACUACAGUGAGAAUUCCAGUGCCCAAGAAUUGUAUUCUGUUUUACUGACUAAGGAAAAACGCAUUAGCGAGCUUUUAACCAAGGUGCAGAAACUGGAAACUAGCGUCCUUGACUUGCAGGAAAAUCUCAAGGAGAAAGAUUCGGUGAUUGACGCCAGAACCAAAGCCAUAACCUUGAUGACGGAAAAUUUGAGCAGGAAAGGAAAAACUACUCUUGACGCCCUAGACGAGACCAAGGAGCAGAUGAGGAAAAUGCAGGAAGAUUUUGUGGCCUUGGAAGCAGAAAUGAAGGCUCGCCAAAUGAAACUCCUCGAGGAUUUAAGACUCAAAAACUACGAAAUCGCCGAAUUACAGGAGGCCAAUGCUAAUUUAGAAAAACAAAUAAGCGAGAAAGCCGAAGAUUUAGAAUUGGACCUCAAGGCUGAAAAUUCGCGUUUAGUGGAAACUUUGACCGAGAAAAACAACAAAAUAAGGGAAUUGGAAAAUAAAUUAGAAGAGAGUCAACAAAGCGAAGCAUUAACUAUGUUAAACAAACAAUUGGAAGAAGCCAAUAAAAACAUGAUCAAAGUCAAGGCGCAACACAAAUCAAAAGUGAAAGAACUGACGAAAAAAAUCGAAUCAUUUAAAAAAAUGAGCGACGCUAAUGCGGAAAUUGUCAAACUCGAAGCGGAAAAUAGCCGUUUGGGUCAAAAAAUCGCCGAAUUAGAGGAGGAAAAAGGAAGUCUACAGUUGAAAUUGGUUGAAUCCGAUUCUAACAAAGGUUCUGAGGGUCCAGAACGCGAAAAUGAGUUAGAAAACAAAAUCCAAGAUCACGAGCGAAUGCUGGAGGAAAAAGACAAAAUUAUAUCGAUUCUAGAAGCCGAAAUUUCGCGAUCGAAAACCGAAAUCGAGAAUUUGAACGAAAAAUUAAACAAUCAAGUGAAGUCUGAAAUGGUCUCGAUUCAGUUCGAGGAGCAACUAGAAAGAGUCGAAAAUGAAAAGAAGCAUUUAAUUGAAGAAAACGAGAAGAUUUGUAAGGAGAAAGAAGAGUUGAUUGAGACGUUCGAACAAUUGAAAAAAGAAAAACAAGAAGUCACGUCAAAAUUGGAACACUACAUACAAGAAAACAUGGAAUUGGUCGAUAAAUUGGAAAAAUUGAGUGCGGAAAAAGUCUCGUCGGCUGAAAGUAUCGAAAUUGUGGAAAAUCUGACUCAACAGGAAAAACUCGAAUUGGAAGCCUAUCAGAAGAAUUUAGAUUUGGUCGCUGGUAAUAUAAAAGCCAGUGAAGAAAAUCUUCCACAAGUCGAUUUAAAUGAAAGUGUCAACGAAUUAACUGAAGAAACCUCUGAGUUGCUUCAGAAAAUCGAGUUGUUUACUGUUGAAAGAAGAGAAGUAAUGGAGAAGAUGGAACAGUUGAAGCAAGAAAAUUUGAACUUGAAUUUGAAGAUUAAAGAGAUUGAGAAUAAUAGAGACGUAUUAGCAGAGACUUAUGAACAACUACAGAGCGAAAAGGAAUUGCUAGAUGCCAAAAUAGAGAAAAUUCAGGAAGAAAGCGUGAGUGGAGACUUGAAAACUGAAUUGGAGGAACAGCAGAGAGAAAAUCGCCGACUUAAUAAUGCGAUUAUGGACUUGAAUCGGACUCUUGCCGACCUGGAGAAUGAUAAUAAGAGCCUCCAAAUGAAAAUCGACCAAUUGGAGGAGACCAAAUCCGACUUGAUUGAAGAACUCGAAAUUGUCAAAAAUUCAGAAUCGGAAAAUCGCCAACUAGUCGAAAGCAAAGGCAACGAAAUAAUCAAAUUAAUGAAAGAGAAGGAAAAUACAGAGAGUGUCAUUGCCGACUUGCACAAAACCAUUAAAGAGAAAGAAGAAAACUUCCAACACAUAACUUCUGAUUUCAAAAACAAGUACUUAAAUCUCCAGAAACAAUUGAACGAGAAUUCGAGUAACUUUGAAGCGAUCACAGCGCCACUCGAAUCCAAAAUCCAAGAACUAACAACGAAAAACAAAGACCAACUCGAAAAAAUGAAGAAAAUCGCCGCUAACCUGAAAAAGAAAACGCAAGCCUACCAAGAACUUGAAGACAAAUUUAAAGAAACUCAAACUCGACACGAGACCGAACUUGCGACGUCUUUGCAACAAUUGCAUGAAUUAGAAGCCGAAGUGACACAUUUGCAACACCAAAUUGGUGAAAAAACUGAACAAAUCCGAGUUUUGGAGGAGAAAAACGUCGAAUUACAAAACAUAAUCACCGAUUUGAAAGUCAAAAAUGAAGUUAGUCUCCAACAGGAGUUACUCCUUACUCGGGAGAAUCUCGGCAGUGUGGAAAACUCCCUUCGGACAAAAAUCCAAGAAUUAGAGAUGAUUAUAGAGACACAAGAAACAGAAUUGGUCAAGUCCAAAGAACGUGUUAACAAAUUGGAGGAGGGCAUCUCCUUCAUGGAGGAACGAAGAUUGAGUUUGGAGCGGAAAGCUAACGAAUUGGGCGCACAAUUGGAGGAGAAAGAAAUGACCUGUGAGGAGAUGACCCGAAGUGAGGAUUUUUUGGAGAACAGAUUGGCAGCACUGGCAGCACAUGAUGAAGCUAUCGAACGAAAAUUGGAAGAAGCGAUGACUGAGAAUCAGGAGUUGGCUGGUCGGAAUCGCGAGUUGGAGGAAGAGAGGGAGAAAUUAAAGAGGAGGAUUGAGGAGUUGGGGGAGAAAGUUAAGGAGUUGGAGCGGGAAAGAGACGGUGUUGAGGAGUUGGAAAUUCAGAAUGAAAAGUUGAAGAAACAACUGCUUGAUUUUGAGAAUGAGUUGAAGCAAAUGAAUGAAAUGUUGGAAGAGAGUAAAAAUGAUUUUGAUAAGGUUAAUGCUGAUUGGCAGACACAGUUUGAUGAAGUUUUCAAGGAGAGAACCGAAUUGAUGAUAAAGUGUGAGAAAUUUGCCGAGGAGUUGAAAAUGAUUGCUGAAAAAGAGUUUGGUUUUAAUAACGAGUUAAUUGAGUAUAAGACAAAAUUGGAGAAGAGCGAAUCAGAAAUCAGGGAGUACGAGGAGAGGAUAGGACUGUUGACAGUCGAGAAGGGGGAGUUGGGACGACUCAAAGGCUUAUUGGAGGAAAGAGAAGCCCAAUUGGAGGCAAAACUAUCAGAAAUUCGGGAUUACGAAGAGCGAAUUAAACAAUUAACAGUUGGAAAAGGCUUAUUGGAGGAAAGAGAAGCCGAAUUGGAGGCAAAAUUAUCAGAAAUUCGCAAUUACGAAGAACGAAUUAAACAAUUGACAGUUGAAAAAGAGGAAUUACAGAAACUCCUCACUGAUAAAGAAGUCCAAUUGGAGAGAAGACAAUCAGAAAUUCAGAAUUUCGAAGAAGGAAUCAAACAACUGACAAUCAAAAAAGACGAAUUAGAGAAACUCCUGACUGAUAGAGAAGUCCAAUUGGAGAGUCACAAUACCCAAAAAGAGCCAAGCUCUUCUUUAGCUUCGUUCUUCGAUAGCGUUGCAGAGAAGAAAAAUGAAGCACAAGUCGAGACAAUCCCGACGUUUGUUUGGUCCGGUCAAACUAACGAUCCGUUUGAUUUUGUCGAAAAAAAAGAAGAAAAAACCGGAAACACUAAUCAGGAACUACUGGAAAAAAUAAAAACUCUGGAAUUCAUGUUGUAUAACACUGAGAAAGAGAAAGAAGACACUUUGCAUCAAUGUGACCAAUUAACAAAUGAAUUGACACGAUUAGUGUACAAACAAAUACCGAUCGAGUCACAAAUCCUGCAAGAGAGUGACAUUCGAGAUACCCCUGAUACGUGCAAACAAUUGGAAAAAAUUGAAUUCGAGCCCGUUAAAACCCCCUUGGUUUCGACAUUCGAAGCCGGUCCUGUAGUCGAGGAGCCAAUCCAGACGAAGGAGGCCUACUUGUGUUACGACGAAAUCAAAUCCGAAAAUAGAAAUAUCGAGAAUGACGACGGUUGGGCUUGGGGUCCCGAGGAAGCCAAGUUGGAGGAAGAAGAACACGUUCAGAAAUCGGAAAAUUUCGAAAGUCUCAAUGACAGAAUUCGAGUUCUUGAAUUGGAACGUGAGAAUCAUUUAGAGGAGAUACGACAAUUGCAAGUCAAAUCCGGUAAACUUAUAAAAAAAUUGAAGGAAUUUAAAGCGAAGAAUGAAGAAUUGACGAAAAAGAAACCGGAUUUCUUCAAUUUGGAUGAUACGAUUCAGGAGGAGUUGAAGUUGCAAAUAGAGCAAGUCGAGAAGAGGUUGAAAGAGACAAUAAAUGAAUUGGAGAAGGAAAAAAAUGAGAAAAUUGCGAUUGCGAAAAAAAUCGAGUCGCUUACAACAACAAAUGAACGUCUACUUGAAGCAAAAGAAAAGCAAGAUAUCGAGUUGUUAGGUUGGCAACAGCAAUAUAGAGACUUGAGUGCCAAAUUGGAACGGUUUGAGUGGGGUGAUGAUGGUUUUACAACCAAUGAAGAGAAAUCAACCGUUGUGUCGUCAACUAACAACAAUGAAGAUUUAGCGAAGAAAAUCCAAGAAUUGAAUGAGACAAUCAAAGAUUUGACUUUGGAUAAUGAAGAACUACAAGCAGUUUUAGAGGAGCAAAGACAGUUGAGAAUCGAGGCUGAAAAAACAACGCUUUCGGUCAAUUCAGAAGCGUUGCAAGUUGAGAAGGAGCAACUCGAAAAAGAUAAAAAAGAGUUGCAAGAACAAAUAAACGAAUUAAUUAAGAAAAACGACGAAUUGAGCGAGAAAUUUGAAAUAAUUGAGCAACAAAAGGCCGAAUUAGAUGAACUCGUGUCGAGUAAAGAGGAAACAAUUAUAAAAUUAAAUGAGACUUUGAGAGGUGUUGAAGAGGAAAUUUCUGUCCUCGCAGCCGAAUUACAAGAGAAGAAUUCCCAAAUUGAGGCAUUGAAGACGUCAUUUGACGCUCAAAACGUCGCACAAGACGACCGUGAAAAACUCAUGAGUGAAUUACAAGAAAAAAUCGCUGAAAUUGCCACUUUGAAAACACUCGAAUCCGAAAAACAGGUCCUUUUCAAUGAGUUGCAAGAGAAGAAUGUUGAAAUAAACACACUUCGCGAGAGUGUCGAUUCACAAAUCGCUUCUUUGAAGGAGGAACUCGACAAUCAGAUUAAAAUCGCUCAAAAUUUGCUUGAGGAAAAAGGAGUUUUGAGUGAAACGCUCAAGGAGAAGGAAAAUGAGGUGGUAAGAUUGACAGUUGCGAUGGAACAAAUGACCCAAGAGUGGGAUUUGAGGAUUGAUCAGAGAGGAAACGACGUUGCUGAGAGUUGGAAACUUCAUUUAGAGUCGCGUGAGAGUGAAUUUGCCCAAAUCGAGCAACUUUUGAGGAAGGAAAUUAACGAAUUAGAAGAGAAGUGUAAUGCAUUGGUGAAUGAGAAUAACGAAUUGAGGAAAAAUGUCGAUGCGGAGAUACGAAAUGAAGUAGAUCGAGUUGCGGCUUUGCAACAACAGAUUAGCGAUCGACAACAGUACAUAAAUGAGUUGACAAGGAGCCUCCAAGAGAAACAACGGGAGGUGGAGGGGAUCCAAAUGGAGUUGGAGACGACGAAACAAAGCUUGGAGGUUGAUAAAGAGAUUGUUGAUGGGGUUUUGAGACUAGCACAAGAGUUUUACGAUGGGAGUAUCAACCGAGAUCACUCCUUGGUGAAAGUUUUGAAAGAUCGUGAAAAUAUUAUAAUUGCAUUGCGAGGGGAAUUGGAGGAGAUUAAAACUAGGUUUGGGGAGGUUGAGGAGGAGAAGGCUACAAGUAUAGAGGAAAUUCAACGAUUGAGGAUGAUCUUGGAGGAGCAGGAACAAACAAUUGCGCGUCUUACGACUCAAGUCAACGAAAUGCAAACAUUGAAAGAUUACGAAAAUGAAAACGUGCAAAACCUACAACAGAAUCUUCACGACUAUCAACAAAUUAACAGUAAUAUUAGUGCGCAAAUGCAAGCCCAAGUGGCACAAAUUGAGGCCAAGGAUCGUGAACUUGAAAAUUUGAGGAGGUUGAUUGAAGAAAAGCAAAGAGAGUGUGAUUAUGCCGUUGAGUAUAGAGUGACUAUCAAUGAGCAAGUUCAAGAAAUUGAGUCAUUGAAGCGACGUUUACUCGAAAAUGAGGAAUUGCGUCAGGAUUUGGAGGGUGUUCAAUUCGAAUUGAGGACUCAAACUGAACUUGUCAUCUCAAAAACUAAAGAAAUUGAGGAGUUGACGUCUCAACUGAAUUCUAAAAUUGAGGAAUGCGAAAGUUUGCAACGUAAAAUUGAGGAACAGACCGUUCUUGUGGACGAAGAAAAUAAACAAUUGACUGAACUCAGGGGUAUUAUAGAGGAACAAGUGUUGAAAAUUGAAGAGUUGAAGAAGGAAUUAUACGAGAAAAGCAACGAUUAUGAUUCGCUGAUUGCCGAAAUGGACAUAAGUCGCACCAGUGCCAAAGAGAGUGAGUCACCGCGACCGAAAAGUGAAGAAACCGAAGAUUUAACCGAGCCAGUAAGCCGAGCCGAACUCGACUUGGCACUCUAUAUGCUGCACCAAAGAGACGUCCGAUGUGAGGAGUUAACAGUCGAAUUGACACAACUGCUAGAAGAACGUGAUACGUUACAGUUGCGAUUGUCGAAUGUUUUACGCGAGAAGGAGGAGUUGGGGAGGAAAGUGGGAGUUGAGGCUGGGAGUUCGGAGUCGAAACCGGUCGAAGUCGAGCCUCUCACGACUAAGUUGUCGGAAUUGAAGACAGUCGGGUAUAAGAAAGACAAGACGAUUGUCGAUGAGCAAGAGUCGCGUCGAUUGCAACAGCUGUCGAUCAUGCAACAACACAGAGAUGUCGCGUCGAGACUACCGCCCGAAGCGGCCGCCCGAUUGGUCGACGCUAGUUACACGCUAUGUUUCGCAAUGACGGAGAAGAGACCCUCGUCGGUGAGUUACAAAUCGGAGCAGCCCUCCGACGACGAGAACGCCCAAUUGUCGCUCGACCCGCAGACGCAGCUCUACCUCGCGCAUUUGUCGCAAGAGAACGGCUGCUGGGGGCGCUUCUUCCCCAUACCGUUUGAACGGGCGGCGCAAAAGUCAUGGUGGGACCCCACGUUCGACUCGGAAAUUCUCGAGGAACAGUACAGGAGGAGCUCAAACCCGCAUAGUAGAUUCAAAUUCAGGUACGCAUUGUGGUACAUGUUGCUAAUUUCAUCGUCGUGGUUGGUGUAUUUUCUCGUCACGGGGUUGGUAUCGGAAACACAUCAUUGGCCCACGUUGUGUACUGUCCUAGGAACGUUGAUACUGUCAGUAACAACAGUACUUUUCCUUACUUAUACUGACAUUUACAACAACCACAUGCUCCUCAUGUCACUGAUAGUGGCGUUUGUUUUAUGUGUGAUAAGUCUUUCGUUCGUCGUGUUGGUACCAAUGAAGACAGAUCCGCUCAGUUUCCCGCUAACUUCAGACAUAAGUCCAGUGGGACACUUCUCCAUUUGUAUUGAAAUUCUCAUGCUGAUUUACACUCUAAUCCCUUUGAAGCUCUACAUGAGUAUCACAAUUGGUUUUUUAUACUCAGCGGCGUUUGAAACUCUGACGAUUUCGCUUCAAAAUCAAUCACUUGAAGUUUCAACGAUCUCAGUUCGGUUAUUGUCACACUUUUGCAUUCACGUGAUCGGCCUCCACAUCCUCCUUAUGACAAAUGUCCGCAUGCGAAACACUUUUAUGAAAGUGGGGCAAAGUCUCCUCGUCCGCCGCCAAUUGGAGUCGGAGAAGAAACUCAAAGAAAACAUGAUCCACUCCUUGAUGCCUUCCAGCGUGGCCGAAUGGCUCCUCUCCGAAGAGGAAACCUUCACGCGAAGCGACCAACGCAACUCCGACCCCGAAACCAACGACAUUCGAUCGCUUUUCCGCCCCUUCAAUAUGAAUCGCAUGGAAAAUGUGAGCAUCCUCUUUGCCGACAUCGUCGGUUUCACCAAAAUGGCCAGCAAGAAAAGCGCCGAAGAACUGGUGGAAAUCCUAAACAAUUUAUUUCAACGAUUCGACCACUUGUGCAAAUUCCACAAUUGCGAGAAAAUAUCAACAUUGGGCGAUUGCUACUACUGCGUGUCCGGAUGUCCGGAGCCGAGAUAUGACCACGCGAAAUGUUGCGUCGAAAUGGGGCUCAGUAUGAUCCAAGCAAUCAAACAAUUCGAUCAAGAGAAAAACGAGGGGGUCAAUAUGAGAGUUGGGGUGCACACGGGGACAGUCUUAUGCGGGAUUGUGGGGACUCGCAGGUUUAAAUUCGACGUCUGGAGCAACGAUGUCACGCUUGCCAACCGUAUGGAGUCCACUGGAAAGCCCGGAAUGGUGCAUGUCUCGGAAAAGACCUGCGAGUUCCUCCACGACACUUACCUGCUGGAAGAGGGGGAGCCGGUUUUAGGAAUGAAAACGUAUUUUAUUUUGGGGCGCACCGGAGACAAGACGCCGUCGUAUAGUGGGAGUUUUCGUGCAGAGGGUCGUCAAAAGUACACAAAUUCGUUGCAAUUAUUCGUUUCGCCGCCAACUUCGUCGCCUUCCAUGUCGCCACAAUCCCGCCCUAGAGUACUGUCUUGUGACACCACCCACAUAAAAGCAACGCACAAUCCGAAUAUGUUAUCGCCUGAUGUUUGUAAAAUCAAAGCGAGUAGUUUACCAAGUAUCUUAGAUUCGGAAAAUGAGCAAGACGGCGACGUUUGUAAAGAAACAUCCGACUGUGAUAAUAUAAAAACGCCAACGUCGACAGCAAGUUCGGGGAAAUACAGCGUCAAAUUGAAAAACUGGAAGAUGCCGAAAUUUCUUCGUAAGAAUGAGGGAAAACCCGAAUUAGAUAUUGAAGUUCCUGCCAAUUCAGAAGACCGAAUAUCGGGCGGUUACCAACAAGUCCCGACCAUAAUCGAAACGUCGAAUGUUUCGAAUGGGAAGAAAAAAGAUUCGUUUAUCAGCGUAACGGACGUUGAUGAUAAGAGGAGUAGUAUUUUCCUCGACGAUCCGAAAGAUACAAUCGAUGUCAAAUCGUACAUCAGCCAAUCACGGAGCGACAUCGGCCAAUACGACUACUCCCCAGGUGACUUGAAUCAAUUCAUGAGGACGGGAAGUUAUCGUUCGCAAUACGGGAGAUCCCCCAACGAAUUCUCAUUCCUGCAACGUGCCGGAAGUAACCGAUCUCGUCGCGGUCGCUCUCCGAAUUUCGACGUUUUCCCCGGUGAACGACAAAGGAGUACAACCGUGUGUGUUGGUAAUCUCGAACGGCCGAAAAUGUCGCUCGAAGUCCCCGGAAGACUCACAAAUAUCUCCGUCCUAGACGAUCAUUUCUCGGUCUAUAGUCGCAAAGAUUCGGGAAUUAAAAGCAACAGUCGCAGGAGUAGCAUUCAACAGCUGGAACAAACGACACUCCCGAAUUCGGACAUGUUGCAACAUAGAGUUUCAGGAUAUUAUACGUCGAGUCAGAGUACGGUGACGUCGCCCCAAUACAAUGUCCGAAUGCCGGGCAUGUUCAAGGACAAGUUUGGUACAUGUAUUCAAAACGUGCGAAAACAAUCAGAUCGUCAAUUAAUCAAGUGCGUACAAGAAAACUCCAAGUCGAGAGGUUCCUAUUUUAUUAAGCCGCCGUUGCGGAGGUUGACGUUGUUUUUCAAGGACAAACAAAUGGAGCAGGAUUACAGGACGAACGCUCAUUCGUUGUUUGAACAAUCUGAGUCGAUUUUAACACUUGCCGAUUCGAAAUUUAAUACCUACUUUGAUGUGUGUGUCUCGAGUUUGGUUUUUGCGAUUGUUUCGAUUUCGUUGUGGCUCUUGUACGGGCAUACCAUCUUGUGGUUGGUUUUAACCGGCGUUUUUGUCGGAAUUCAAGCCUGUGGUUGGGCGUUGUGUUCGAGAAAAGUCGUCGAAUGUUCGGAUAGGUGUCUUAGAUGCGUUUCGAGAUUUUACAGAUGGAAUAUGUUCGGUGGCGUUUUAGUAAGUCUACCACUCGUGACGGUUUUGACAAAUUUUUGUACGAAAGUAUUCACAACAUCGGAAACUUCGAAUUAUUUAUACACUUAUCUCCUCUUUGUUGGAGUCAUACAUUUCUGUAAUUUCACACAGCUGAAUUGCUGGAUGAAAAAUUGUCUCGCUGUGAUGUUCACUGUUAUAUUUAUUCCUUUGUUUUUGAACGGCACCUGUUCGAAUUUUUUCGUCGAAAAGUCGGAACGUACCGAACUCAAUCCGAUCGUUGCGAUUUUAGACGAUCAUAACCGAACGGUGUUAAAGUCGGGAGGUAGUCUCAAACAUUACAGUUUCCUGUACAAAUCGGAAAUUUUAAUGGACUUGUUCCUCUUGUUAGUGUUGGUUUGGUUACUUAACCGGGAGUUCGAAAUCGGUUACCGGUUAAGUUUCCACGCCAACUACGUCUCCAACCGGGACAAAAUCAACGUACAGAAUCUCAAGACGCAAGCCGAUUAUCUCAUUUACAACAUCGUACCUGAACACGUGGCCGAACAGUUGAAAAAGAACGCGAAAUAUUCGGAGAAUUUCAAAGAUGUGGGAAUUAUUUUCGCGAGUAUUGUCAAUUUUAAUGAAAUGUACGACGAGAGUUACUUGGGAGGGAAAGAAUAUUUGAGGGUUUUGAAUGAAUUGAUUGCGGAUUUUGACGAGUUGCUCGAUCGUCCCGAAUUUGCAAGUGUUGAAAAAAUAAAAACGAUUGGUAGCACUUUCAUGGCGGCGAGUGGUCUCAACUCGACCACUAGACGCAACCAGAAAGACCCCAAUGAGCAUCUCUAUGCCCUCAUGGAUUUUGCGUUAGAAAUGCAAAACGUUAUAACCGAUUUUAACCGAGAUUUGCUCGAGUUUAAUUUGAUCCUCCGGAUUGGUUAUAACUUUGGUGAGGUAACCGCGGCGGUUAUCGGCAAUACGAAACUGUACUAUGAUAUAUGGGGCGAUGCGGUGAAUAUCGCCUCUCGGAUGGACUCGACAGGGGUCAACGGUCAUAUUCAAAUCGGGGAGAACUGUCUCCAAGUCCUCGAAGCGAAAUACGUUUUUCGGCCGAGGGGCUCCGUCUACGUCAAGGGUAAAGAUAACAUGAACGUGUAUUUGUUGGAGAGGAAGAAGACCGAUGAUGAGAUUGAAGCUUAAUUAUUUUAUUUGUGCCUGCAAAUUGCAUUCCAUAGCUGCUUUUAGCUAAGAGUGACCAAGUGUAGCCUUAAAGCGCGCCAGAAAUAGGUGUUUGUCGGCCGAUUUGGGAUUUUUAGUCUUACCAAAGAGUAGUGUAAGGAGAGAAAUUGUCAAUUUUGUCGAAUCGCUGCGUUACCAAAGAAGGUUUCCUUUUCCAGCCGAUUGGAGAACAGAUUUUCGAAAUAACUGUGAUAAUCAACUUCUCACUUAGUGAUUUUAGCAUAGUAAAGGCCCUAAUUGAGUUUUUUUUAAUUUUAUUGACGCAAGAGGACAAACACCUAAAUUGUAUUUCUUGCCAAUAAGUACAAAUCCGAUUUGUAAAAUUCCGUGAGGUGUGCGGACGUAUUUUAUACUCAUUAUUAUUUUAUACAGUAAUUUUAUAUUGUAAUACCAAAGAGUGGGGUUUUAUAAGAAAUUAAUCGCUUGGCAAAUUUGAUGUUAGACUGAUGUCGACAUUGUCUUUACCUCAUAAAUUUGACCAACUAAGGACCAUGUAAAAAUUAUUGUGAUUAGGAAUUUUUUGUUUCUGUAGUGUUUUGACUGGUUUGCUAUUUUUUUAUUUGUGCAUAAACUCGUCAACUUGACGGAAACAAAGCCCGUGUAACGUGCAAAACUGUAUAUGAUAUUAUGCGGUAGCUUUAAAAGUGAAGUAACUAGCUUAUUUGUUAGUGGAGUUCCUAACAUUUGUUUUAUUUAAUUUUUUAAAUAUUUCGUAUGGACCGCAUGCGGUGGUUACGUAUUCCGUUAUAUUUAACGUACCUAAUUGUUUUUAAUAUAAUGUAUUUAUUUAUUGAGUUAUCUAAA